AGUGGCGUGGCAGAACAGAGUGAGGGGAAUGGACCGACCCUACUUAUUUUCUUUCAUCGGUGGGCCUAGAAAGGGGUUAGAAAAAGCGUCCGCUCGGGACGAGUUCUUAAGGCAAUGCGGUGAGUCGACCCGCUGCAUGCUUUUAAAAUGUGGGUCUGGGGCUGGCAAGUGCCACGAGCCCAGCGAGGUGCUAAAGGUGAUGUCCGAGUCGCAGUUCUGCUUACAAGCGCCCGGUGACUCGUUCACCCGGCGGUCGACGUUUAACUCGGUGCUCGCCUGCUGCAUACCGGUUUUCUCGUCGUCGCACACGGCGUACACUCAGUACAAGUGGUUUUUACUUGGUGACGAGAGCACGUAUUCGAUUUACAUUGAUGAGAAGAGCGACGCGAGUAAGAGAAUCAACGAGGAGCUGCUGAAGAUUCCGAAAGAAAAGGUGACGGCGAUGCGAGAAAAGCUUAUAGAAUUGAUCCCAAGUCUGACUUACGCGCAUCCGAAUGCGACUAAUCUUGGGUUUGGGGACGCCGUGGACGUUGCACUUGCAUCGCUGGCCAAGCACGUCCAGAAAAUUAUAUGAUUAAUUAAUUAAUUCAUGGAUUAAUUAGAUAUUGGAUGAUGAGAGAAGUGGAUUUUAUGUGUAUUACCAUAGAGAGAAAACUAGCUGAGGUGCGUAGAAAAGUCGUAUAUAUAUAUUUUAUUAAACUUUUUUACUAUUACAAUAAUAUAGGACGAGAGUUUCGAGGAUAGAAACUCAACACUUUACCCAUUAAAAUGUUGGACCACAUGCAUAUGUAUGUUGAUUGAUAUGAAGUAAUGCUUUCUUGUCUUAAUACAUCUGUUACGUUGCUUUAAAUUACCAGUUUGAGUCUUUGUUAAGUGAAUUCAAAUUCAGUUUUUCUCUUUGAAUGAGGUGAAUUCGGAAACUGGUUAUAGUAAAUAAAUAUUUGCUUAACAUUCAUCAUCUAACGGCCGAAU